AUGGGCUUCUUCACCCAAUUUGUCCGAGUUUUGGUUUUCUUUCUGUGUUGUCUUCAGUUGGCGUUGGCUGCGAGCAACUUUCAGCUCGUCGAGCAUCUCGAGAAUGUCCCAUCGGGGUGGUCAAAAGGUGGCAGACCGUCGCCUUCAACACGCAUGACAUUCCGCCUCGCCAUAGCCCAGACCCAAACGGCGGCUUUUGAGCAGAGGGUCAUCGACCUCUCCACACCGGGCCAUCGCAGCUAUGGCCAACAUAUGAAACGCGAUCAAGUCCAGGAGUUCUUGCGGCCAUCUCAUACUGUUUCCGAUCAAGUUUUGGCAUGGCUUCGGUCAGAAGAUGUUCCAUCUGACUCAAUUGAGGCCAAUAGCCACUGGAUUUCCUUCAAAAUCCCCAUCUCCCAGGCCGAGCGCAUGCUCAACACCCAGUUCUUCUACUUCAAUCACCACAUCACCCACACCACAGCCAUCAGGUCCCUCGACUACUCAGUGCCUGGGCACAUUCAUCCUCAUAUUCAACUAAUCCAACCCACAACUCGGUUUGGUCAUCCCAGUCCGCAGAGAACUUUGCCCCUAAAUCAACCAAUCGUGGCCACAUCCAAGGAUUUAACGGCGGAUUGUGCCACAGCCAUCAAGCCUGAUUGCCUUCGAGAUUUGUAUGAACUUGAUAGUACCACUACCAGCCCUGAUAUACGAAACCGACUCGGUGUAUCUGGGUUUCUGGAACAGUAUGCUCGUCACGGAGAUUUCGACCAGUUCAUGCAUCGAUUUGCGCCCAACCAAACCGACUCUAGCUUCACCACCGUCUCGAUUAAUGGUGGCUUGAAUGAGCAGGACUCUUUCACGGACGGGGUCCCCCUAGUCCCCGAGGCAGAUCAGCCCAACGCCAGUGACUCGUCCAACGAGCCCUACCUGGACCAGCUUCACUACCUCGUGAAUCUCCCGGAUGAAGAACUCCCGGCAAUCCUCUCCACAUCAUACGGAGAAGCAGAGCAAAGCGUCCCGGCCUCUUAUGCCAGGGCAACCUGCAACUUAUACGCCCAGCUCGGCGCGCGCGGUGUUUCGGUGAUUUUCAGUAGCGGCGAUUCCGGGGUAGGAGGCUCUUGUCUGAGCAACGACGGAUCCAAUCGCACCACCUUCCUGCCAGGGUUCCCUGCGUCCUGUCCAUUCGUGACCUCCGUGGGCGGGACAUAUGGUAAUCGUCCGGAGAAGGCGAUUGACUUUUCUGGAGGCGGGUUCUCCGAUAUAUUCGCUCUUCCAACAUAUCAAAACCAAGCCGUCGAUGGUUACCUAGAUCGCGUGGGUGAUCGGUGGAAAGGGCUCUAUAAUCCUCAGGGCAGAGGUAUUCCGGACGUGGCAGCCCAAGCAAGUAACUUCAUCAUCCGGGACCAUGAUACCUAUUUGAAAAUCAGCGGCACCAGUGCCGCAGCACCAGUGUUUGCAGCUGUCGUCUCCCAGUUAAAUGCUGCUCGCCUUGCCAAUGGCCAACCUCGAAUGGGGUUCCUCAAUCCAUGGCUAUACUCACUCGGCCGACCUGGAAUCACUGAUAUUGUUGAUGGGGGCUCUCGAGGCUGCUAUGGGUCGACCGAUGAGGGCGUCGACACUCCCCAUGUCCCGUAUGCAAGUUGGAAUGCAACAGAGGGCUGGGACCCAGCAACUGGACUGGGCACGCCUUCCUUUCGAACCCUUGUUCGGCUGGCAUUGAAUACAAGUGAAAAGUAA